AUGGUUCUAAGUUGUACAUGCACAUCACUUCCUCAGUUACUCUUAUGUUCUGGGCUCUUUCCCACUGCCCCCUCUCAACCUCACCUGGCCAUUUCUGUGGAAUUACUUGCUUUCUAUCAGGCACUGUUUGAACAUUCUUGUGACUUGAUCAAUGCCCUCUGGUACAAUAUCUUGCAAGUGCAUAUUGAGUGCUGUGCCAAAAGUAUUAUCAAACAUUGUCACCAAACUGUUCUUGACCAUCUCAAUCACAUGCAAUCUGCUCAGCAACCGUCAUUCACUGUGAUCCUACCAUCUUCCGAACAGUUCUCAUUGUCACAAUUGUGUUUCACAGGUCACACAUUUGGAUGGCUGCUGAGUGAUGGUGGUGAUAUUCAUAUCACACUUGAUGGGAACUUUCACCAUUGUCAUUGGUGCUCAGCUGGUAGUUGUCCUGCAUUUUAUGACCCCACAUAUUUCAUUCCCAAGGUUCAAGUCAACAAUGUUGGAUGCUGGAUUGAACAAGUGCAUAAGUGGCCACUGAGACAACAGUGUGUUGAAGUUCCUGAUGAAGCAAUUGAUCAAUCUGACAGCAACAAGCAGAAGGCUGCAAUGGACUGCUUCGAUGACACUGGAAUUAUGGCAUUGAUAUGCCAUCAUGACAUCCCUCUCUUCUUUGCAAAUAUCAACAUGCCUGGUGAGCAACAGAAGUAUAGUGUUGCCCUUCUUGAACACCUCUUCUCCCACUUGCCAGUCACUGCAACUGUUGUUGCAUUGUAUGAUAUUGGUUGCAUUCUCACAUGUUCUUUAGACAAGUUUGAAAUCCUCAAUAAUGAAAUGGUUUGUUGCAUCCACUUUGCAACAACUGCAAUGCACACCUAUGGCCACAAAUGGGCAUGCCAGCACAUUUAUAACCCCCACAUUACUACAGGACUCAGUCUUUCUGAUGGAGAGGGCACUGAACACCUCUGGUCCCAUUUCACCAAGCUCAUUGGUGUUGAGCAAGCAUCGUCAGCAAGGCUGGAGAUGAAAGGAAUUGCCAAACAAGGUAGUGAAGCAUGUCAGAUUCUUGGUGAUUGCGGAAUUGAUAUCCUGGAAUUGCAGAACGAGUGGGCUAGCCAAUGUAGCGCUCAGCUUUCCAUAUGGGCUCAUAAGUAUUUCUGCAUCUAUUAG